GCCAUGAUGUGGUGUUUGAUGAAGUAAGCACUUGGUCUUAGAUAGAAAAAUCUGGACAAUAGAUUCCUAUAGAUUUUGAAAAUGGAGAAGAUCUAACUAUGCAGCACUCAAAAGAUCAAACUUCAACAGAUCUUGAGGUUUCAAGACAAACAGCUGAAGAAAGUCUACCUACAGAAGUAGAGAUCAAUACUGGAGGAAGUCUACCAACAACAUUAGAACUGGAAUUUGGAACUAGUUCCAGACCUCAACGCAAAAAGAGAAGACCAGCAUGGUUGGAAGAUUAUAAGUGGAUCUACAAGACAGAGCUCAAAGAGAAUGGGGCGGUUGACAAAUUCAAAACUCGCUUGGUGGCAAAGGGUUACAAGCAAGAGUUUGGCAUUAAUUAUCAAGAAGUUUUUGCUCCAGUUGCAAGGAUGGAUACCAUCAGAUUGGUGAUUGCAUUGGCAGCACAGAACUCAUUGCUGAUCUACCAGCUUGAUGUGAAAUCUGCCUUAUUGCGUGGAAAUCUGCAAGAACAGGAAGUUCUGGAUAGAUUUCAAAUGAAGAACUGCAAUUCUGUCACUACACCAGUUGAUAAAGGUGUAAAGCUCGUAAAAGAUCCAGGAGACAGAUCUAUGGACAAUAAAUUGUAUAAGCAGAUUGUUGGAAGUCUGAUGUAUCUGACAACAACAAGACCAAAUAUAAUGAAUGGUAUUUUGGACUAUUCUAAGGGUGACCAGAUAGAUCUCGCAGGCUUUAUAGACAGUGAUUAUGCUGGAGAUCUGGAUGACAAAAAAAGCACUUUUGGGUUUGUUUUUAUGUUGGGAUCUGCUGCAAUUUCAUGGUCUUCAAAGAAACAGCCCAUUGUGACUUUGUCCACAACAGAAGUGGAGUAUGUGGUAGCAACUUCUUGUGCUUGUCAAGCUAUUUGGUUAAGAAGAAUUAUGGAAGAACUUGAGCUGAAUCAACAUGAGGCCACUUCAAUUUAUUGUGAUAACAGUUCAGCCAUCAAGCUUUCUAGAAAUCCAGUUUUGCAUGGGAGAAGCAAGCAUAUACAUGUGAGGUAUCAUUUCUUGCGCAACUUGGUACAAGAUAGAACAAUUGAGUUGAUUUAUUUUAGAAUAGAAGAUCAAGUGGCUGAUAUAUUCACAAAACCUCUCAAAGUAGCAGUUUUUUCAAAACUGAGAUAGUUACUUGGUGUUUGCAGCAGGCAGAAUUCAGUUUGAUGGAGGGUCUGUAGAUUCCAGAUUGCAUAUUUGCAGAUAUGGUGUUAUCCGGAUUUCUUUAAACUAAAGUCUGAAGACUUUU